AAUGCGGCGCGCGGGCACUAACGUCGACGACGUCAACGCGUGCACUGUUCGUUGGUAGUGUCUCUCGUGCGCGCGGGGUGGAGGAAUCCGUGCUAUAUACGUUGCCGCCGCCGCCGCCACCACCGCCGACGACGAAGAUACGACCGCGCGAGUGUUCGGUCAAAAAAAAAAAUUAAAAAAAAAAUACCACAAUAAAUACUGUUAUCAAUCGCCCGCCGAUUGUUUUACGACUACCACUACAACUGCAGCCUGCUAUUUAGUAGUAUUUUUAUUAGUAAUAUUAUUAUCGUYGUUCGUUUUCAUAUUAUUAUUAUCAUCACCAACGUCAUAAUAGGCAACCGCGGAGUUGGUCGUAGCAGCAGUAGUAGUAAGUAGGCUGCAGGCAGGCAGACAGGUAGGUAGGUCCACACGUCUUUUCUCGUACCUGCUGCCUCUAGUCGUGCCGCCGCCGCCGUCACCGACGCGUAUCUCGAGCAAUCGGCUAUUGGUAACCGACCACCGAUUUGCCGUCUCCGUUACACUAUAGUUACGUCUCGUUCGGUGCGUCGUGAUAACAAAGUAAAAUAAUAAUAAUAUUUUUAAUAUAAUCUAAAUUCUGAUUUUUGGUUCACAUUAUUGUUGUUGUAAAUUUAUUAUGAGUGUCUGCGCAUACUUCCGUUUGGAAUAGUUAUUGACGACUGAUAGGCGUGUACGGGCGAGAAAGAUAAAAUUUGAUCCGCGUGAAUUGGAGGUGAGCGAAGCGAGAARAAAAAAUCAACACGCAAACCGGAAGAUUUUUCGGGGGCGCGCGCGCAUACACACACGCACACGUACGACUCGUUUGAGCACACGUUCAGACAUAAUAAUAUAAUAUUGUCGCUAUUAUAAUAUUAUUAUACAUACGGGGUCGGUUCUUUACGCACACGCACAGACAUUGUCGACUCGCGAACACGAAGACGUCGAAAACGGUUAACGGUGUCAUUGAUGGGAAGUGGUGGACGUCAGCCCGGGCAUCCGGAAAUCAGCCAAACUGGAACUGAUGGAAUUAGAAAACAUUGUUGCCAAUACCGUGUACCUCAAAGCAAGAGAAGGUGGUACAGAUAGCAAUAAAGGGAAAAGUAAAAAAUGGAAAAAAAUCCUGCAAUUCCCACAUAUAUCUCAGUGUGUUGAUUAUAAACCACUAAUAGAUAUGAAAUACAGCUAUGUAAUAGAUCARCAGCCAAUUGGCCGGUUACUUUUUCUUCAAUUUUGUGAAGAAGAACGACCAGAGUUUCAUCGCUACAAUGUAUUUUUAGAUUCCAUUGAAAAAUAUGAAAUAGAAUCUGAUGAAAAUAGAAUAGAACUAGCAAAAAUACUUUAUGAUAGAUAUAUAAGAAGAGACGCAGUUAAUGCUGUGGAUAUACUAAGUGAAGAUAUGAUAGUUAGAUGUCGGAACCAGUUAGACUCUGCUCAUAGAGAGUUAUUUACUGAUUGCUCAACUGCCGUGAAAUCAUUCUUAGCGGGUCGUCCAUUUAGUUUGUUUGAAUCUUCUAUGUAUUUCCAUAGAUUUUUACAAUGGAAGUGGUUAGAAAGGCAAACUGUUACAUACAAAACAUUCCGCAUGUAUAGAGUACUUGGUAAAGGUGGUUUUGGAGAAGUUUGUGCUUGUCAAGUCAGAGCAACUGGUAAGAUGUACGCUUGUAAAAAAUUGGAAAAGAAACGUAUCAAAAAACGGAAAGGUGAAGCAAUGGUUUUAAUUGAAAAACAAAUCUUACAAAAAAUUAAUUCUAGAUUUGUGGUUAGUUUAGCUUAUGCUUAUGAGACAAAAGAUGCACUUUGUUUAGUAUURACUAUUAUGAAUGGUGGAGAUUUGAAAUUUCAUAUUUACAAUAUGGGUUCUGAACCUGGAUUUGAUAUUCCAAGAUCGCGAUUCUAUGCCGCUGAGGUAUUGUGUGGAUUAGAACAUUUACAUGUUCAAGGCAUAGUAUACAGGGAUUGUAAACCUGAAAAUAUACUUUUGGAUGAUGCAGGGCAUGUUCGCAUAUCUGAUCUUGGUUUAGCAAUGGAGAUACCUGAAGGUGAAUCAGUCAGAGGAAGAGUAGGCACCGUUGGUUAUAUGGCACCAGAAGUAAUUGAUAAUGAAAAGUAUACAUAUAGUACAGAUUGGUUUAGCUUCGGAUGUUUAGUAUAUGAGAUGAUAGAAGGUCAAGCUCCAUUUAGAGCUCGAAAAGAAAAAGUUAAACGUGAAGUAGUUGAUCGGAGAGUAAAAGAAGAACAAGAAAAAUACUCCCAUAAAUUUACUGAAGAAGCUAAAUCACUGUGUAAACAACUAUUGAAAAAGUCUCCAAAAUCAAGACUUGGUUGUCAUUAUGGUCGUUACGGUUCAAGGGAAGUGAAACAGCAUGAAUUUUUCAAGACAAUAAACUGGAAAAGACUUGAAGCUGGUGUAGAAGAUCCUCCGUUUCUUCCAGAUCCCCAUGCUGUAUAUGCUAAGGAUGUAUUAGAUAUAGAGCAGUUUUCCACUGUUAAAGGAGUGAAUUUAGAUGCUACAGAUGAUACAUUCUAUUCAAAGUUCAAUACAGGCUCAGUUUCUAUACCGUGGCAAAAUGAAAUGAUCGAAACUGGUUGCUAUAAAGAACUUAAUGUAUUUGGACCAAAUAAAACAAGAUCACCUGAUUUAAUUUUAGAUUUAAAGCCAGAACCAGAAAAGACUGGUUGUUUUCCAUUUAGUAGAAGAAAAACACAAUCAGCUAGAUCAAAGCCAGUUCCUAUUAAGGAUCAAUGUUUUCUUAAUAAACAAAAUAAAAUUAACGACGAAGUCCCAAGUUGAUGGAAUAUUGCAUCCAUAGAGUAUAGAGUCUAGGUGAUUUAAUGCAUUACUACUGAUCCUACAAUCUUUUAAUCCUCGCUAAAAUUUAUAAUUUGACAAAAUCUGUUUGUAAUUCAUUUUUGAUUUCUUACAAAAACUUUAAAUUCAAAAAU